CGGCGAGAGGGCGGUUUGCGCCUGCGCAGUGCCACCCUCCUGCUUGGUCCCCCUUUCCAACGGCCCAUUGGGACUGGGAUGGCGGGGGCCCGAGAGGUGGUGACGCUCCAGCUGGGGCCCUACGCGGGCUGCGUGGGUGCCCAUUGGUGGGGACUGCAGGAAUCUUCAUACAUCUCUGAUUCCGCGACUGCAAGAUCCGACGAGACCCUUCACCACAAUGUGCUCUUCCGGCCGGGAAGAUCCUCCCAAGGGCAGGAGACGUACACCCCCCGCCUCAUCCUCAUGGACCUCAAAGGGAACAUGGGCUCUUUGAAGCAGGAGGGAACCUUGUACCACGAUACCAAUACCGACACCCCCGUGGCAUGGAAGGGGACUCUGACGACACACCGAGAAGAUCCGUCUCCUGUUAACCCCUUCCUAAAAGGCCUUGGCAGGUCAGAGGAUAACAGGUCUUCUGGCAGCGGCUAUUCUCCUAGGACCCUUCCCGGUGAUGCUGAGCGGCAGCAUGAAGCUCCAGAGACGCUUCCCUCGGAGGCCACGGCACACGUUUGGUCGGAUUUCCUCCGGACAUCUCUGCACCCCCGGAGCACAUUAGCCAUCCAACAGUACAGUCACGAAGGGGAUUCGAGUCAACUCGAGGCCUUUGGGCAAGGAGAAAAGCUGCUACAAAGCGCUGCGUAUGCCGAGGAGCUGGAAGACAGGCUGCAUUUCUAUGUGGAAGAAUGUGACUACCUGCAGGGUUUCCAAGUCCUCUGCGACCUGCACAGCGGUUUUUCAGGCAUUGGGGCGAAGGUUACCGAGCUACUUCAAGACGAGUAUGCCGGGAAAGGAGUCCUGACGUGGGGCCUGGCUCCAAUGCACAAGUCUGCAGUUCCACAGAAGAAUUUCUAUCGGCUCAUGAACACCGUCUUGGGGAUUGUCAGCCUCUCCAGCCGCAGUUCACUCCUCUGUCCCUUGUCGCUAAAUGGGAGCCUGGGCCUCCGGACAGAGCCUCCUGUCACACUGCCACACCUGCGCUAUGAGGCCUCUCUGGACUACCACACCAGUGCCAUCUUGGCCACAGCACUAGAGACGCUCACCGUUCCCUACCGACUCCAGGCCUCGACCAUUUCCAUGGCAAAUCUUGCUGAGGCCCUGAAUUUCUCAGGAAGGAAGGUAGCAGCUGCAAUGGCCGCCAUACCGUUUCCUCUGAUGCAGGGACAAUCCCUUCCUGACGCUUUGUGCAGCCAACAGCCUGCCGUGCCUUGGAGCACCAUGUCUUCGUGCCGAGAACAAAGCGACAGCCACUGUUUUGCACAGUCCGUUGUGCUGAGAGGAAUCAGUAAGGAAUACCAAGUCAGCCGCCCGCUAUCAGGCACUGAACCCAAGUCUGUCCUGCACAUGUGUGACACCGGGCAGGAGGUCCUGGCCCGCUACUUGUACAUGGCAUCCCCCAGAACCUUCAGCACCUCACAUUUGCUGCAAAGCCCUACGAAGCUGUCAGCCCCAUAUCCGCAGUAUUUCUCCCCUCUCCUGAACAAGCAGGGAUUCCUCUUGGAGAAGCUGCCCCACACCUCUGCAGCCGUUGAAAGCAUUCCCGUCUUCACCGCCCUCCAGUCGUCUGCCGUCCUGCGACGAACACUUAGGAACUUUUACGACGAGUUGCAUCAAGUGGAUGUCCGGCGCUGGGCCAGCUUUUUUUCGGCGGGUGUUGAAACAGAUGACUUCCAGGAAGCCUUGGAGGAGCUGAGGACACUGUCCCACUGUUACAAGCAGAGCGAUUCGGCAGAAGAUUCAGAGGAUGAUAUAGACUGAUGGCUUUCCAUGGUGCCUUCCACAGACAUUUCGGAAUAAUAAUAAACACACUAAAGCACCUGUUUUUCUCCUGAA